CAUAGCUUGAUAUCUUAAUUUGAAAACUAUGGUCAACUUUGAGGAACAUUUCACUUAUUCAAGUUAUUAAUUGAUAAAAUAGGUGUCUGGUAAGCAAUACUAUUCAUGGAGCCUUUUGUUUGAAUAAGGGGACCCCUGCAUGCUAACAACAUUUUUAAAGGCAGUGCUUUAAUGCCUUUCUGGUUGCCGGGUUAAUCCUUCCUUCCGCGAUAUCCAACUUAUCUACGUGGGGGGUCAUUAGGCUCCAAGUAGAUCCGGAAAUGUUGAAUUCUCUCCUCUUCUUAUUGCGAUAUAAAAUGUUUUUUGUUUCAUUUCAUUUACAUUGGGAAAUAGAGAAACGAUCAUUGUGUUUUGUUAGUUUUAAAAACUUUUGAUAUAUUAGUAUUUUGCAUUAUAAGCAGUCAACCGAUUGACAAACUAGAAUUAUUUGAAUUUCGUGUGGAAAGAGCUCGGGUUAAUUUCGAGUGUUAUCUGCAAUCUAGAUGUUUAUAAAUCAUUUCAGUCGUUGAUAUAAUAAUUAAAGGUCGACUGAACAUGAAUUAUAUUAUACAAUUUAAAGCGCAUUUCUGUUUAUGCACGUGAACCCGUCUAACGUUAUUGUUAUUUCGCAGUUAUAUAAAGUAGCAAAUUAUCGUUCCUGAAUAGGUGGCGCCGUGGUAGUGGAUCCUGUUCCUCAACUUCCGGUUUCUGCAUUGUGCAACUAUUUCAGUUAUAUUUUUAAUUAGCGAUGCCAAGUACUUGUUGUUGUGUACCUGGAUGUCAUUUAAGAGGAGGACAUGCAUUUCCAAAUGACUUAAAAAGAAGGAAAAGUUGGAUCAACGCCAUGGCCACUACGCAGAUUGGACGAGAACACGAUGAUAUCAUGGAGUCCAUCUCAAUCAGCUGUUGUUUGCAAGGCACGUUUUACUGAAAAAGACUACGUGCAGGAAACUAUUCAUGGGCGCAAACCCACCAUACAGAGACUUAAGUCUACUGCCAUUCCCAGCCUAUUUUCCUGGACCAAGCAAGAGACUGAAUCGUCUGCAAAAAGAAUAAUCAGGGCAGUUUCCUGUGAAAACAAAAGAACUAAACUUGAUGAAUAUUGUAGUAGAAAUCUAGAGGAAAGUUUUGAUUGUAAAGUUGGUUUUCCUGAAGAAGUCAUUCAUACUACAGAAAGGAUUUAUGACUGUCCACCACCAACUGCCGAGCUAAUGUUGAGCUUCACAGAUGGAAUUACGCAAACACCAUCAAUGCCUAUGUUUUCAGCAGAGAAUUUUGAAAUGAAGACACGUGACACAGCCAUGCAUUUUUAUACCUGUUUAGAGUUGUAUACUAAAUUUUUAUUUGUUUUGACCACACUUGGUCCAGCAGCACAUUGUUUGAGAUACAUAUAUUUUCAAAUUGAUAGGGUGUCAGUUGAAAAUCAGUUUUUUUAUGACUUUGAUGAAAUUGAGGCAUUAUACAACCAACUUUGAACUGUCUAGAUUCUAGAUUGAAUCUAGUGUUAAGAAUAUUGUGUAUACAUGGAUUGUUUUUAUGUCUAAACAGUGGUGUGAGGCUAACACUUGGCCAUCUAGUGGUUUUGUCAGGUAUUUUUCACCAUCCAACUUCAAAUUAAAGUUUCCUACGACUUGGAUUAUUAUUGACAGCACAGAAUAUCCCGUGAUAAAACCUAAAGCUCCUAGAGCUCAGGCAACCUUUUCAUCAAUUAAAAACAGAAACACUGAAAAUUCUUGAAUGUUCGACACCUGGUGGUUUAGUCAACUAUGUCUCUAUGUCACAUAGAGCAAAUUAUUGGACUUGGUAAACAUACAAAAUUCUGAUAAAUCCUAUGAAUGGAACUGAAACAAAACUUUCAUCUGAAAUAACAUUUAGUUGUUUUAUGUUGUGUAAUUUUAGAACUUGUAUUGUGCCAAAGGAUGCAUAAAUAAAAGUGACGCAAUGAA